AUGGAAUACCAAAGUAAACAAAUUUUAAAAGGUGAAGGAUUAAAGAUGAGCGAGUUUAUAACGAUCGAUCAAGUUAAGGGUUAUAAAGACUUUGAGAACUUUUUGUCUGAGCGUUAUGUUGUGAAGGCUCAAGUGGCGGCCGGAGGACGUGGUUUGGGUUAUUUUAAAGAUGGAUUGAAGGGCGGCGUUCAAGUGACAACGAAUAAAGAUCAGGCGAGGGAUUUUAUAAAACAAAUGUUGGGGCACAAUUUGAUUACGAAACAAACGUCUAAAAAUGGGCUUAGAGUGAGAACGGUUAUGGUUGAGCAAGCGGCGACUGUUUCUAAAGAAGCUUAUUUUAGUUACGUUUUGAAUCCUCAAUUUAAAGAUCCGAUUAUGAUGAUAUGCCCGGCUGGAGGAGUCGAUGUUGAAACGAUAACGAAACAAAAUCCUUCGUUGAUGAGAAAAAUUCCGGUUGAUAUUUGCAAAGGGUUUAGUUAUGAACAAGCGGGUGAAUAUGCCGAUUUUUUCCGAUUCAAAAGAAUGAAUUACCCCCAAUUAAUUGAUGUCAUGCAAAAAUUAUGGCGUCUUUUUAAAAAGUACGAUAUGAUGCAACUAGAAAUAAAUCCUUUGGCCGAAACUAAUGAUAAUAAAAUACAAAUUUUAGACGCUAAAUUUACAAUCGAUAAUAACGCCGAAUUUAGGCACAAAGAUUUAUUUAAACCGGAUCCGGAAACACACCCAAACGAAUUAGAAGCUGUGCAGUUUGGUAUGCAUUAUAUCCAGUUAGAUGGAAACAUCGGAUGUAUGGUAAAUGGGGCUGGUUUAGCAAUGGCUACAAUGGAUCUUAUUAAAACUCAUGGUGGCGAGCCAGCUAAUUUCUUAGACGUCUCCGGUGGCGUAACAGAAUCCGGAAUUUAUAACGCAUUUAAAAUUUUGGGAAAAUCAAGACAGGUUAAAGUAAUUUUGGUGAACAUUUUCGGUGGAAUUGUUGAUUGCGCAAUGAUUGCUAAAGGAAUAGUUAAAGCAACGGAAAUUAUUAAAGUCCCUUUGGUAGUACGCUUAGAAGGAACCCAUGCAGAUGAAGCAAGAGAAAUCAUUAAAAGCGCACAUUUUCCUAUCGAUAGCACCGAUAGUUUUGAACAGGCCGCUUUAAAAGCUGUUGUUCAUGCUAAAAAAAGUAGUUAUCGUAAGAAAGAAGACAAAAAGUGA